AUGCAGAUGUAUCUUCCAUUCUGUGGGAUCGCCAUCUCUAACGCUCAGCUCUUUGCUGCCUCGAGGAAAGAAUACGAAAGGAGCAGGGCUUUGCUGGAGGUGGUCAAUGACCUCUUCGAAGAACAGACUGACCUGGAGAAGAUUGUCAAGAAAAUAAUGCAUCGGGCCCAAACUCUGUUGAAAUGUGAACGCUGUUCAGUUUUACUUCUAGAAGACAUCGAAUCGCCGGUGGUGAAGUUCACCAAAUCCUUUGAACUGAUGUCGCCGAAGUGCAGCGCUGAUGCCGAGAACAGUUUCAAAGAAAGCAUGGAGAAGUCAUCUUACUCCGACUGGCUGAUAAAUAACAGCAUCGCUGAGCUGGUUGCUUCGACAGGCCUUCCCGUGAACGUCAGCGAUGCCUAUCAGGACCCACGCUUCGAUGCUGAGGCUGACCAGAUAUCUGGUUUUCACAUAAGAUCUGUUCUCUGUGUCCCUAUUUGGAACAGCAACCACCAAAUAAUUGGGGUCGCUCAAGUGCUGAACAGACUCGAUGGGAAACCUUUUGAUGAUGCGGACCAGCGGCUUUUUGAGGCUUUUGUCAUCUUCUGUGGCCUUGGUAUCAACAACACAAUUAUGUAUGAUCAAGUAAAGAAGUCCUGGGCCAAGCAGUCUGUGGCUCUUGAUGUGCUGUCAUACCACGCCACGUGUUCCAAGGCUGAAGUCGACAAGUUUAAGGCAGCCAACAUCCCUCUGGUGUCAGAACUGGCCAUUGACGACAUCCAUUUUGAUGACUUUUCCCUUGAUGUUGAUGCUAUGAUCACAGCUGCUCUCCGGAUGUUCAUGGAGCUGGGGAUGGUACAGAAAUUUAAAAUUGACUAUGAGACCCUGUGCAGGUGGCUUCUGACAGUGAGGAAGAACUAUCGAAUGGUUCUCUACCACAACUGGAGACACGCCUUCAACGUGUGCCAACUGAUGUUCGCCAUGCUCACUACUGCUGGGUUUCAAGAGAUUCUGACCGAGGUGGAGAUUUUAGCGGUGAUUGUGGGAUGCCUGUGUCAUGACCUCGACCACAGAGGAACCAACAACGCCUUCCAAGCUAAGAGUGACUCUGCACUGGCCCAGCUCUACGGGACGUCAGCAACCUUAGAGCAUCACCACUUCAACCAUGCUGUGAUGAUCCUUCAGAGUGAGGGUCACAACAUCUUUGCUAAUUUGUCCUCCAAGGAGUACAGUGACGUCAUGCAGCUUCUGAAGCAGUCGAUACUAGCCACAGACCUCACGCUGUACUUUGAGAGGAGAACUGAAUUCUUCGAGCUUGUCAGUAAAGGAGACUACGAUUGGAACAUCAAAAGCCACCGUGACGUGUUUCGAUCGAUGUUAAUGACGGCCUGUGACCUUGGAGCCGUGACCAAACCGUGGGAGAUCUCCAGACAGGUGGCUGAACUUGUAACCAGCGAGUUCUUUGAACAAGGAGAUCGGGAGAGGUCUGAACUCAAACUCACUCCCUCGGCUAUCUUUGACCGGAACCGGAAAGGUGAACUGCCUCGGUUGCAGCUGGAGUGGAUUGACAGCAUCUGCAUGCCUUUGUAUCAGGCCUUGGUGAAGGUCAAUGCAAAGCUGAAGCCCAUGCUGGAUUCAGUGGCUGCCAACCGAAGGAAGUGGGAAGAGUUACACCAAAACAGCCUGCAGGUCUCUGCUGCCUCCCCGGUCCCUGCGAGUCUCAAGGUGGCAGGCGAGGACAGAAUGUAGAAGACCACCCAAGAGCCUCUGCGCAACCCUGUGGCCUGGAGGGUCCUCUGCAGCCUGACGGACCUGCUUCCGCAGCCACACCCAUCUUUCCUUUCAGCUCGGACAGUCCUGAAGUGUAGACUGCAUAGACUGGACCAGGAAGCGCACCUGGAAGUGUGCUUGGCAGCAGAGGAACAGAAGGAUGAGGGACAGAGUCGGGCAGAGAACAUGACCCUCGACUUUCCGUGAGGAACCCACACCACUGGAUUUGGAUCCAUGAACCUGAGGGCUAUCAGCCCCACUCCUGCUGAGUUGAGGGGACACCGUGGUAAAAGCAUCAUUAACACUGCUUUAUGUUUGGCUCUUUUCUGUUAAAGCAUCUCCCUUCUUUGCAGCCUCUCCUAGAGCAGACCUUUGUGCCAGACAGUCCCAAGAAUCCAGAUUUGCCUCUUAGGUGUUUUAUUUCUAAUCCGACUGUUUCUUAGUGAUGCGCUAGGCCGUUGGUCUCAUUUGCCUGUUGGAUGAGCGCCCCCCCCCUCCAUAUGAGCACCAACUAACCCCAAUCUUCCCAAAGAGUCCACAGUAGGAACGCAGUGGGUGUGUUUGUCGGAUUGGUGUUACACAGGAUCCGUAACUCUGCAAUGAGAUUAUGGUUCGCUUCUUCAGUUUUGGAAUUCAGCCUUCAUUGUAGACCAAGCAUAGGAGGAUGGAUUAAUAAUUUUAUUAAAGCCGAGGCAAAGGGGACUCUACUGCCAUAUGUAGCACAAGUAACGUAUGAACACUGGAGCUGCUUCCAACAGAGAGAGAGAUUCCCCAGGCCCGGAGGAGCCCGGCGACUGAGCACAGACUAGCUUGAGGUAAAAAAGUUUGGGAAUAAAAUUUAAGGUACCUCAAAUUAAAAUUUUUCCUUAAGUGAAAAAAAAAAAGAAUAUUCUAGAAAGGCCAUGAGAUAACAUCUAUACAACCUAUAUCCUCUAGGAAGUCAGGUCUAUACCAGGUGAAAAAGCUAUUUUAAGUAGAUGUGGUGACUAGAAAGCUGCUCUGAUGCCCAGUUCACAAGAGGCACUAGGGACAGGGUCUGUCUUAACAAAAAACACUGGAUGUGCUGUCCUUCGCUUUGCAUCACGAGCUGGGUGACUUUGGACAGGUCACUACAUCUCUCUGCUUCCCGCAUUGUCAAGUGAAAUGACACUAGGAACUUAUCUACAGAAAUCUUAACAUUAAAAUCCGUUGUCCAAACAAACUUUCCAGGAUUCCCCAGGACACAAGAUAGCCGAAAGCUGAGA